ACUACUGAUAUGAUGAAUGUUUCUCUUAUUGAUGCUUGGGUUUCCACUGCCAUAAAGCAUAAUGUUGUUGAACUUGUUCUUAGUUCGGGGGGUCCUGGCUUGCCGGAUUUUGAGAUUCCGAGAUGUCUUUUUAUGUGCAACACAUUGGUUAGUUUGGAGUUGGGUGUGCACAAAAAUAUUCGUGCCGUUACUCCUCCCUCACAUUGUUUCCCCUGUCUCAAGUUGCUACAUGUUACAUUUCGGUUUCCUGAUUCUCACACAGUGGAGAAGUUAUUUCCUGCUUUCCCUGUACUUGAAGAUCUUAUUAUAGAUGGAGAACAUGAAGAUGCGUCAGGUUUCAAUCUUGUUAUAUAUGCACCCAAACUGAAAAGACUGCAAAUUAGUUUCAUUGUCUGUAAAUCUGCUAUGAUAGCUGCUGCAAGUGAUUCUGAGGAUUAUGAAUAUUAUGGGUGCCAAAUUUUUGUUAGUGCUGAUGCUCCAAAUCUUGAAGAGUUAGAUAUCUACUAUGAUAUUCUGGUGAGCUAUUCUUUGAAGAAUGCCAAAUGUCUGAGGAAAGCCGAGAUAGGUUUCUUAGAUGUGAAAGAUCUUGAGAACCUUGAUUAUUUUCUUGCCCUCUCUGAUCGCAUAUGCCAGCUCUUUGCAGAUAUUUGUAAUGCUAAGUACCUGACAGUUUCGGCUCCAAUUUUUGCGGCUCUUGACAUUAGAUACCACAGUCUGCUGCUGACAUUUAGUAAUUUGCACCACUUGGAGCUACAACUUCAAACUUGUCUCUGUUUGCAAUCACUGACAACUUUGCUCAAGAUAUCACCAAAUUUGGAACAUCUCAAGAUAUUACCAAAAAGGGAACACCUGUAUGUCAAUGAGUACAACUAUUGUGAUGGCGACGAUGAGGAUGAGCCUGAACAUGGAUGGGAUGCACCAGAGUCUGUGCCUGUUUGUUUGAUUUCACACCUCAAGACUAUUUGCCUAUGGGAAUUCAAGAGGUGUCCAAAUGAGGUGGAAGUGGCAAAGUACUUGGUGAAGCAUGGCAAGGCUUUGAAUAAGGUGACUAAUUAUAAUCACUUCAGUGAAGACGAGGAGAUGGAGAUACGGUCACCUAGUGCCUUAUGGUCGAAAUUUUCAAAGUUUCCCAGGGGUUCCAAGACUUGUAAAAUUCAAUUUCAGACAAUCAUUUGAUACAUAUUCUUGUUUGGGAAUAUAACGUUUAUGCACUCUUGUACAUGUAACUAUGUACGUGUUUUAGUUUCUGUCUUCUUUAUGGUCGAUUUCUAACUUCUAAGUUCCAAAGGGAUAAAAGACAAUCAUUUUACAAUGGAUAUUUCUCUGGGAAUGGAACAUGAGUUUAUUUA